AUCGUGGGUUAUGUACCAAUUAAAAAGAAGUUGUAUAGAAACUUAAUUAUUUUGGGGGCGUAAUAAGAAAUUACAGUGAAGGUAUAUAUUUCGGUAUUGUUUAAAAAUGAUAUAAUUACACAAACAUACACAGAAAAUGGCAGAGUCAAACUUCAGUAAAGUCGAUGAAUAUGGAUUUGAGAGGCACGAAGAUUUCGAUUUCGAGAGCUAUGAACAAUUCAUGUCAGUAUACUUACGAGUCCUCGCAACGCGAGCUCAGAAAUGGGCCUCACUCCUCGGCGAAGGAAAGUCGGUCAAGCGCACUAAUACCGUCAAAAGAUACGUUCGCAAAGGAAUUCCAAGUGAACAUAGGCCUGCGGUCUGGAUGACGAUAUCGGAAGCGGAAAAGAUGAAAAAUCAAAGCCCUGAUCUUUAUCACAAAAUUUUAGACAGACCCUUCGAAAAAGAAUUGGUAGAUUUAGUUAAAACAGAUUUACCUAGGACAUUUCCAGAUAAUAUUUAUUUUACAAAGGAAGCUAAUCAUCAGACACAUCUGUUUCACAUACUUAUAGCAUAUGCACACAACAACCGUGUGGUCGGGUAUUGCCAGGGACUCAACUACAUUGCAGGUCUAUUGCUGCUUGCAACAAAAAGUGAAGAAGUGUCAUUUUGGUUGCUGAAAGUACUUGUAGAAAAGAUUCUUCCAGACUAUUACACCAAGACUAUGGAUGGAUUAAUUGUAGAUAUAGAAGUUUUAUCAGAGCUUGUCAAAUCCAAAGUACCAGAUGUUCAUCAACAUGUGAUAAACUUGGGACUUCCCUGGGCUGUCAUUACCACCAAAUGGUUUGUUUGUCUGUUUGCUGAAGUUCUGCCCAUAGAGACUGUGCUAAGGAUAUGGGAUUGCCUAUUUUAUGAAGGAUCUAAAAUUCUGUUUAGAGUCUGCCUGACACUAAUAAAAUCCAACCGGGCAGCAAUAUUGUCCUGUAAUGACUUCACAUCACUAGCAGAGUGUUUUAAAGCAAUUGUGAAAAAUGCUAGUGCUCUGCACUGUCAUGAAUUCAUGCAGGCAAUAUUUAAAGUACCUGGUACUCUGUCCAACUCGACUAUAGCGAAACUCAGAGCCCGAUUUGCAAAACAACGACGUGAACAGCUGCAAAAAGAGCAGCGGUAAACUUUUUGCGGAGUUUUCCCACAAAUUUUGAUCUCACCUUUUUUUUAAUACUAAUCUAACCAGACUUGUCUUUUACAACUGGUGUGUUGCUUAAAGUUAAGUAUUGGGUGGCCAAUUAGACCAUCAUCUUAUUGGUCUAGGUAGACUCAGUUAGACUAAGUUAAACUAUUGUUAACUAAAGCACGAGCAUCUAGUGGC